CGGAAGUACUUGGUUAUUCUUGACUUCUUCACAGCGAUCUAGCUAUCUACGUGUAUUUCGGGAAUAUUUCUUGCCCCCUAUCGUCCAAUGAUGACUAAAUUACAAUAUCUGAAUGUGUAUCUAACUGAGCGUUUGAUGCAAGCUGCGGAGGAGAUACUUGGAGUGGUCGGAGACACGAUCUCCGAGUACCAGGAAGAAAUAGUCCGGACGAAGAGAGAAAACCAAUACCUGAAACGACACUUGAUCACACCGGUCUUCCCUGCUCCUCAGCCCAUUCUCUCUUGGGUCUUGGAGCAGCAAACUCCCCCUGAGCAACAGUACUGUGAGCAGGAGUGGAGCCCCAGUCUGGGGCAGAGGGACCCAGAGCCCACACAGAUUAAAGAGGAACAGGGUGAACUCAGGACCCGUCAGGAGGUAGAGCAGAUUCAAGGGCCGGAGGCUGAUACCAAAGAAGACUCCAUAACCAUUCCUCCCUGUGUGAAAAGUGACUGUGAUCAGGAGCCACCUCAGCCCACACAUCUUCUCCAAACUGUGGAGAACAGAGAGAAGUACUCUCUACUGACCAACACAACUGGACAGAUCAAAACAGAACCUGAUGGAGAGGGCUAUGUAGUAUCACUAUCGGAACCAACCAGUGACUCCCCUCGGUCUCAGCCCCUCUCUGCAGUAAAUCCAGAUUGUUCUAGAACACAGAUUGAGAACACUGAAAGUGUUCAGAGAGAUCCAGAAAGGAGACCAGAGGAGGACACACAGACACACUCAUGUACUCAGUGUGGAGCCGUGUUCUGUGAGCUAUCCCAACUGGAGGCACACAUGCUAUCCCACACAGUACCACACCAUGGUGACACUAGUCACAGGCAAAUCCUCUGCACAGUCUGUUGGAAGUCAUUCACCUCUACCAGUUACCUCAAGGUCCACCUGCGUUCUCACACUAAUGAGAAGCCCUUCCACUGUGGUGUGUGUGGCAAGAGUUUCAGCUACUCAGGGAGGUUCAGGGAGCACCAACGCAUUCACACGGGAGAGAGACCGUACCGCUGCCACGUGUGUGGUAAACGCUUCAACCGGUCUGCCCAUCUGAAGACCCACCUGAGGGUCCACACAGGGGAGAAACCCUACUCCUGUCCUGUCUGUGGGAAAGGAUUCAGUCAGUCCAGCCAGAUCAAGGGACACCUCAGAACUCACACCCGAGGAAGGUAGAAGAUUCCUUAGAGUGAGGGGAUAGACAGAGCCUUCUGUUCUCAAAGUGCCUCCCUUCUCUUCACUUCUACAUAUAAUUGUAACACUAGAGGACUAUAGAAUGUGUAAUGUUUUGCAGACUGAGGCACCUCAUGACUGCAUUGAUUUGAGAGAGUUGCUUAAUAACAUGGUAUGAAAAGAGUUGACCCUUAUGUAUCACUAGGUUACACUAACUAUUUUAGAGAGAAAUAUAAUGUUAAUUUUGGUUAGAUUUAAAUAUAUAUAUAUAUAUAUAUAUAUCUUAAUUUUCAAUAGAAGUGGGUUGGUCUCCUUGCAAAUAAACUAACUGUCAUAUUAAUUAA